AUGUCUACCCCCCUUACCCCCAUCCCUUUUUCCACGCCCAAACGAGCCAGCGAGGACGACGACGAGAAGCCCCAGAAAGUCUCUCCAGUCCAGCGAAAGACGUCUGACGGCCGAGUGCUCUACAAAGGGUGGUCGGAUGACUCUCUGGACACCCUGAUCGUUAGCAGCGAUGACAAGGGGUUCUACAUCGAGGGAUGCAUGCUCGAGGGGCAUAGCACCGUUUUCCGGGACAUAUUCUCUGUGCAAGCUGCCACCUCCCCACCCCAAACACCCGUCUCUCCUUCCUCAUCAGGAUCCCCCCACCCACGUCUCCUCGAGCUCACCGACACCACCUUCGAAGACUCCCAAACCAUCUCCUCCGUGCUCUUCAUCCUCGAAGACGCCCAAUACACACUCUCCCGCCUCAUCGCCUUUGCUGGUGUCAGAACUGUUCCCAUCCUUCACCAUGUCCUCCUCUUUGCCCAGAAGUGGGACAUCAGGUUCAUCACAUCCCGUCUCCACGAGUGGAUUUGCGAGGUAGCCAUCGAAAGUCACAGGGCGCCUUACAACAAGUUUAGCCAAUACGACUUGCUCAAACUGGCAAUGUUGGCAGACUUGCCUUACGCUGGGUAUACCGUGAUCGGCUCUUGGUCGCCGCCAGUGGCUCUCACUGUUACUUAUGGGUUUUGGAGAGAAAGGAGUGAAGAUGCGCUGGACAUCAUGAAGUGGACGAAAAAGGCUUGGGCAGAAUGGACGCCAGAGUGGCUUUACGCCUUCAGCACUCUUCAGUCGACUCGCCGGGGGAUGAACAGAAGCGUGCUGCUUCUUUCAUCAAACACCUCACAUCGUAAUCGUUAUUGA